AUGGCCUAUAUCACCGAGUCCUCCGAGUUCUCGGUCCCCACGCCCGAAAUAACCACCGUUUGUCCUGAGGAAAUUCACAUGAUAAACUUUUGGACCUACGUGGCCGGCUGCAUGAUUGGAGGUGCAAUUUAUUUGGUGCUGGGGACCAAAUUUAUUGAACUUCCAAUGUUUCCGGCUACGGAAUACGUCACCGAUUACCACUGGGCCCUCAGGAGGAUCUAUUACGAGCUUCAGGAGGGAAAAGAGCCGCUUCUGGACAGUAGGUGGAGUUUUUGCCUGAGAUUUGUUGAAAAUUCUUGUUUAUUUUGGCAUUGUGAAUGUUAACUUGUCAGGUUUUACAUCAACUUUUUUUGGAAAACGUCAGAGAAACAGAUGACCCAUUAAUUUUUGUUCGAGAGAAAGACUUGACCCGGAAAAUAGAAAGAAGCUGGCUGAGUAAAAAGUCCAUCAAUUUAUGCAAAACGCAUUUUUUACUUUUUAAGUCUGAGAUUGUGAAGGGGAACAGUUGACCCAUAGCAUAUAUUUGAAGGAAAGACUUGACCCAAAAAAUAGAAAGCAGCUGACUGAGUCAAAAGUGCAUCAAUUUAUGCAAAACGUAUUUUACUUUACUUUUUAAGUCCGAAAUAGCAAGGGGAACAGUUGACCCAUAGCUUAUAUCUGAAGGAAAGACUUGACCCAAAUUUUGCAAAAUCAAAAAACUCUUUUAUCUUUGGCUUACUUAAUCGUACACCACCUUUUCAGAAUACACCGAUAUGAAUUUGAUUGCUAUCGAAUUGCUGAAACAAAACCGUUUCAUUUGCAAACCCACUCCAAUUGCUCUCCCCAGAGUCGGAAAUGCCGGUCAAAUGAGUCAACCGGGAGCCGAGGCAAAGGAAAAAGUUCAAUAG